UGAUACAUAUAAUACAGAUGAACUUUUAUACAAAGCAAACCCAUAUACGAACAACACGUUUUCCUAUUUGUUACAGGUAAAUUAGAAAAAUCACGAAGCGUUUAUGGUCAUAAUGAGCAUGAUUUCAAUUGUUGAAUUACUCUUACUAUUGUCAUCAAUUGCACUGAUAACAAAUGCAAGUCAGUUACAGAAAAGCUGUAUUUCAGAGGGCAUGGAAAUCGAUGCUGGAAAGAUAUGUUGAAUUUGAAUUUCAUGUUGACUAUGAAGGAGAUGGAACUUAUCAUAUUAGGAAAUCAGACGAUGAAUUUAUUCACCUCGAGCACGGAGAGGAAAUGAACGGACUUGCGAAUGAAGCGGUGUCAAAUAUGGACAACCUUUUAGACAAUGCAGCUAUAGUUUUUCUUUCUGACUAUGAAAAUUAUUUUGCGGCUUUGUUAUGUCCACUCGACAAAGAUCAUCAGGUGAUUCGUGGAUUUUUUCCAAAUCCAAAUCCAACUUUGUGA